UUUUAUUAGCCUAGGAUUUGUUUUUAGUAAUUUCCAGAUUCCCGUAAACCCAAAUUGGCAGCGGCGGAAAUGGCGGCCCAGGGCACCCACCUCCUCCGCGUAGUUCUGUCGUGCCGGAAAAUGACGGCGCAAGUUACGUGCAGCAGCUCCAACUCAAUCGUAGCCAUGGCGUCAUCCACGGAGCAAGAAUUCAUAAAAGAUUACAGAGCGAAAUUGAACCGUUUCCCACGCUGCAUCAUUUACUGGGACUCGAAAACCGCUUCCAGAAUCGGCGAUAAGAUCGGCAUCCGCCUCCAAGAGAUGGGCGUGUUGAGCGUCGGAACUCUCCAGGCCUAUCCACUACCGCUGCUUGUUGGGGCCCUUUUUCGAAUCGCUGAAGCGGACGGGAAUCAUCGUCUGUGGCGCCGAGCAAUUGGUGUUCCUAGGCCGAUCUUGAGCACUCGGAACUUUCUAGAAGCUUCUCGGAUCCGGACUUUGGAACCUUCCUUGGCACGCUCUUGCUUCUUCUAGUCUUUGAUGUUGGAAUCCUGGCAGAUGGCGAUUCGGACGAAGUCGUACGAGGCAGAGAAUUAACUCUCUUGCCCUCGUUGUUUCGACUUAUCACACGUGCGUUGCAUGCACUGUUAUUUGUCUUUGAUUUUGGCUCAGGUCCCACUCCGAUAUUUCUGUUUCUGCGUUGCUCUGCGAUGGCGGAUUCGGCUGAGGAGUUUUCUUUGUUGUUUGUCUUCGAUUUUGGCUGAGGUCCCAUAUUAUUUUUGUUUCUACGUUGCUCGUUGCUGCUGCUGGCAGAGGAGUUUCCUCUGCUACUUGUCUUUGAAUAUUUUGGCUGAGGUCCCAUAUUAUUUGUGUUCCUGCGUUGGUCUGUGGUGGCUGAGGAGUCGCGUCUGCUGCCGUACUUGCACAGGUCGUGGCAGGAACCUAUUGAAGCUCUGAGAUAAUUCGGAAUGGGGAUUGGUUCACUGAAGAUUAGGGCUGCGCCACCGGUGGAGUUUCGACGUUGAAGGCCGCCGGAUUCCGGCUUGAUUUUCUUCGGUUUUGUUGCAGCAUCGACCAUCGAUUUGGCCAUCGUAGAACAACAACAAAGCUGCAGACAUAAGAGAAGAAGAUAUUGAUUAAUUUUAGUGUUUGGAUCCUUAAAAUAUAACUAUGGAGCAUAUUUUUGUUCAUUGUUUUUCUUGUUUUUUUUUUUUGGUGAUUGCACCACGGUGAACUCGAACCCAGGACUUCAGGCCUUGGGCAUAGGCGUUGAUGUUCAUUUGUUGUCUCUAUUGAAAUGAUGCGAGAAUGUAAAAUGAACCUCUUUAGUUUGAUUAAUUAACAAAUAAGUUUAAAUAUAA